GUUUCUAUACAACAAGCCAAACACUUCAUGGUAAAUAACGAUCGUUUACAGAUUGACUUAAAUACUUUCAGUUGAAAAUUAUGAUUUAUUUUUAAGACCAAAUAAAUAGUUGAAUAUCAUGACUGAACAGCUCAAUGAAUCGCCCAAAAAGAUUCAGAGCGAGGGAGGACAGCCCAAAAUUGUUGUAGACCCGAGACUUCAGAGUUCCCGUGGGUCGGACGAUUUAGAAAACGAUUAUCAGUUUUUCCGAACGUUGGUAAAAAACAACAUAUUUCAAUUGACUAACGUCUCGGACCAACGAGCGAUUUCGACUUGGUUGCGCAGAUGCGACGAGGAACGUGACGAGUCGUUAAAAUGCGGGAUCAUCAAACUGAUGCUAGUUUCACUUCAGCACCCCAGCGGUAACAUGAAAUUAUUCAGACACUCGGCCCCGAAAAACCUACCGUAUCUGAUAAACACCCCGAAUCACCUCAGAGAAUUGGUCGACGACAUGUUAGCACACUUCGAUUCGGACUCGGACGGCGACGACGAAGCAGAAGCAGACUGUGGGUCGCCGUUAGGUUCCCGCUUCCGUCGCCUUCGCCGUCGAACCGUGUGCACAAACACCGCAGCCGUUUCGCCGGACAUGACCAGUAUCGCCACAGCGUUCACCGACAACCGCGGCGUUCAAGCGUUCUACGCCAGGUCCGACCACGCGGUGAACACGUGGCGUCUGCCCGACAGCGUCCGGUUUCCGGUGCAUAGCCGUUCGGCGUCCCGAUGGGAGAAGGCGCUGACGACCGACUGUCCGCUGACUGCCCGGACGGCCGAUCCCACUAGAACUGCGCGGAAAAACGCCAAAAAAGAAUGGGAUUUGCCGGUCUUCUUACCAGAUGAAGGUAAACCGUGGAAAACACCGAAAUGGAAUACCAGCGAAUCCGAUCUGAGUCCGAUGGAACAAAAAUGUCGUGGUUUAAUGACGGAGCAAAUGUCACCCGAGGGCAACACAUUUCGGUGGUACGAACACAGCCGGUUGGACGGAAGCUUGAGACCUAUGCCUGAAUUUUGUAUAGAUAAGGACGUAUGUGGUCAAGAGAAAAACCAACCGGAAUUAGACGAACGAGCCAUUAACGUGAUGAACAAAAUAUAUCCAGAACGUGUUCAAAUCGUCGUCGAUCCACGUCUUAUCACUGAGGUGCUUGGUACAGACCCACCUGGCCGACGACAAUCGUGACUUCUAGGACGAUACCGCAAAGGACUAUGCAAAAAAAAACUGAUAGUCGGCACCGGGAUUCUAAAACCUCGCAGCCAAAUUAAGAGACGCGGCCCACACAAAAUCUAGUCUACGUGACAAGUCUAUUAUACAUUUAUACCGUCUCAUGACUGACCGCCCACUUCACAGUACUGCUUGCACGAUAGUCCGAAUUCAGUAGUCGUACGUCGUACCGUCUUACAGGUCGCAAGAACGCCAAAGACAGAGGCGUUGACCGGAGCUCGAUGGAUUCGCUACCUCUGGGCUUCCUGACGACGACAAUCGAGGUUCGCUACACGUCAGCUGACUCAUCGAGGCAGUCCUGGAAGUGCAUGUCAACGGCCAGUUUGGUUAUUACUUUUAUUUAUUAGAAGAACAAUAAUCGACCUCAUCCCGUGGGUCACAGUAUCAUCACAUCCGACCGAAUAACAUUAGACAACUUCAAUAGCAUAUUAAAUAUAUAAACAGAGAAGAUAUAUAGAAUUUUCCGGUGCUAUUCAAUCGAAGAAGUCGAUAAGUUUUCCAUUGGAUAUGGUCGAGAUCUUUUUAAUUAAAUACAUUUUUUAAAGUUUUAAA